AUGUCUUACCUACCCAAAAUCAAGCUCUUCAAGCAGCACAAAACUUACAAAACUGCCCAAACCCCUACCCCCACUGGUCCCGCAGAUGCCCAGGUGAAGGAAUCUUACACCCAGUUUGUGCACGCUUCUACCCAGAUUAAGCACGCUCUCAGCCAGGUUAAGCAUACUCUCGCACAGGUUAAGCACUCUCCAACCCAGGACAAGGAUUCUCCCACUCAGGUAAAGCAUACUCCAACCCCAACAAUCCAUCCAACUAUUCAUACACCUACACCCAUUUCUAAAAAGCUCGAAACCGAAGAGGAAGAGGAAGAGGAAGAAGAUGUGAUGAAUAUGAUCAAGCCUGAUCCAGAAGAAGUGGAUGAACACUGGGAUGAGAUGGAAGUUCUCACCGAAGAACCUGAGUGGACUGACGAGCAGCUGAUGGAUGAGGCACGCCCAGGACGUCGUCGCGCUGCUUAG